CCAAACAGGGCUCCGUACUUAAACCAGUAUUCAGGGAAAACAUGGCGGCCGCCUUGGCCAGAAGGGUGUCCGGGCUGCUGGGGCCGCUGUCGGUCUCUCUGUGCUCCAAGGCACCACAACUCUGUAAGCUCUCCAGCCGCAUCCGGCUUCCGCCUGUCUACAGCUCUGCCGCAGCCGCUGUCCGCGCUCCUCUGCGGGCUGCAGCGUGUCUGACACCCCGGUACAACAUCCUACAACGGGUAUUGCCACUUAUUCCCAGUCUGACUCAUCAACCAAGCAGAAGUCUGACAUAUUUCAGUCUGAAGAAGGGGAAGAGGAAGACUGUUAAAUCUGUGACGGACAGGUUCAUGAGGCUGCAUUGUGAUCUUUGGAUCAGACGCAAAGCUGGAUACAAGAAGAAACUGUGGAAGAAGAGUCCUGCCAGAAAAAAGCGCCUGAGGGAGCAUGUGUUCUGUAACAAAACACAGAGCCAGCUUCUGGAUAAAAUGACAACCGCCUUUUGGAAAAGGAGGAACUGGUUUGUUGAUGAUCCAUACCUGAAGUACCACGAUAGGGUCAACCUCAAACUGUAGUUUGCUUAUUCAUGUCGUGACAUCUUGUUUUCUGUUUAAAUAUAAUAAAAUCAUAUAUCUUAAAGUGUCCUUUCUUGUCUUAAAACAGCAUUUAAAAAUAAAGAUUAACACACAGUCAAAGUUUUGCUUCAUAUUUAAUGGCUUGAUUUAAACAGAAAUCUUUAACCUAGUUAGAACAAUGAAUUGACAGAAUUGAACCAUCGUGUCACCACUUUACUGCUUUUUGUUUUACAUUUCACAAUCAAGUUGAAAUUUAAGUAAUUUGAUAUUCUGGCCUGCCAGAACAAAGAUUCUUAGGGUCACUUAAGUGGUGUCUCAUGAAUAAAGUCCAAGUGGUUAAUUUAUCAGUAAAUAAGACGUUAUUCAUAUAUAUAUAUGUAUAGCCAACGUGUGUGUACAGUCGUUGCAUUUCAUAUUCUUUCUACAAAGCAAACAAAAAUGACAAAAAAUAAUUGUUUACCAGCAAGGCAUCUUAACAAAAUCAUUUAAGAAAUCAAAUUCUCAUACAAAUGAAUAACAAACAUGCAAUGAUGAGUUUCAGUCUACACACAAGUAUACAAAUCUGCUACUUAGCAACAUAUUUUUUUCUCUGUUUUGCUUUGCAUGAAUUUUGACAGAAGGAAAUCCCCUUCAGCACUAACACUUAUACUACUCACGUUGAAACACAAUCUGAUUUUUCCUUUUAAAGUUUUUUCACCAUUUAUCCAUUAAAAGGACCUUUUAUGUGCGUAACAAGUGUAUCUACAACAUCAGAGUGAAUGACGUGUAAACAGAGCUGUUGUACCUGAGAAGCUUUUGUUUCAAACUUCAAACCACCCUAAAUGAUACAGAUACCAUGAUGAAAAGGAUAAAUCUGCAGCAGACGUCCAACACGGUGAUACUUUGUGUAAAAUGUUGCUAUGAUUCAGGCUCAGUGAAUUAAGUACAUAAUGAAAACAAAGUCUAUCACCAUGCGAUAUUAACUGAAAUGCAAGUUUGUAAA